GGGUUAGACAGAGGGUAAAAGAAUUUGGGGUGUGAUGAACCCCCUUUGCUUCUGCAGCCCUGCCUGUGUGCAGAGAAGGCCCUUGCUGGAUAGAACGUCGCCGCCUCGCCGCUGCAGAGCCAGCCCGCUGUGAGUGCGCCUUUGCUUCUUUUGUUCCGUGGCGGGUCCGCGCUUCUCAGUACCUGGGGCUCUUUAUUACCUUCUUUUGAGAUGUCUGGUUUAAGGAGAGUGGUGACAGGCUCAACGGCUUUGAGCCUUCAAGUUUUCCCUUUCUAGUGGCCACUGAGUGCAGUUCUGUGUAUGAAUUUACUCUGAACGUCCUGGUUUUUUUUUUUUUUUUUUUUUUUUUUUUUGCUUUCCCCACUAAGUGUCCUGAGGGGAGCAAUAUCCUUGUUGGGCUGAGGCUCAUGUUUUUGUUUUUCCACUGUCAUUUGUUCAGGAGCGGUUUCUGGGCUUAGCUUUUUGUUGUUUGUUUGUUUGGUUGGUUGUUUUGUGGCACGAUUUCACCACUCCGAAGGCGACUUUUUCAUUAUGAUUGCUUCGGGUCCAGAGAAGGAUAUAUUAACAAAAGAGGGAACAAGAACUGGAGCAUCACUGUGUCCUAUGCAAUGAAAGGGAUUGAAUUCACGGCCUGGGAGCAUCCAAGUUAUGCACUCUUAUCUGUUGUGCCACCCCGCCCCUCUCCCAGCUGCUAUUUUUAAAAAUUAUUUUUAAAGAUUUGUUUUAUUUCUUUUCAAAACUUUUAUUCACUAAUUUUACUGAGAGAGAAAAGAGGAAGAUGAGGAAAGAGAGAACCAUGUGAUGAUGCCGGAGAUCAGACACGACCUCAGCAUCAGUGGACUCUCUUUGUAGAUGAUCCUUGGGAAAACAAACAAACAAACAAACAAAAAAAACCUGACCAGUUCUUUGAAUUCUGGCAUCAUGGCUCAUGAUCUGGUCAUGUUCAGAGAUGUAUCUGUAGACUUUUCUCAGGAAGAAUGGGAAUGUUUGGACUCAUAUCAAAGGAAUUUGUACAGAGAUGUGACAUUAGAAAACUAUAGCAACUUGGUGUCAUUAGGAUGUCCCAUUUCUAAGCCAGAUGUGAUUACACUAUUAGAGCAAGGGAAAGAACCCUGGAUAAUUGUGAGGGAUGAGAAAAGAAGAUGGAGCCUAGAUUUAAAAUCCAAAUAUGACACUAAAAUGUGGUUUCAAGACAAGAAUGCUGGUGAAAUGAAUUUAUCUCAGUGGGAGAUAAUAGAAAAAAUGCGAAGUUGUGGCUUUGAAAGCUCUUUUUACAGAAAAGAUACAGAAUAUAAAAAGUUUGAGGGUCAAGAGGGUUCUCAAAAGGGAUAUUUCAGGCAUGUGAAUAAAAGCAUCUCUGAAAAAAUGCCCAUUUAUAGGAAACUCACAACUUUUACCCUAUACCAGAGAGUUCAUAAUAGAGAGAAACCCUAUGAAUGUGGGGAAUGUGGGAAAGCUUUUAGGGUACGGCAGCAACUUACUUUCCAUCAGAGAAUUCACACUGGUGAGAAACCCUAUGAAUGUAAAGAGUGUGGAAAAGCUUUUCGGCAAAGUGCCCACCUUAGUCGACAUCAGAGAAUUCACACUUCUGAUAAGCUUUGUGAAUGUAAAAAAUGUGGAAAGAUCUUUACAUGUGGUGCAGAUCUUCGAGUACAUCAGCUAAUUCAUGUUGGUGAGAAGCCUUAUGAGUGUAAGGAAUGUGGGAAGGCCUUUAGAGUUCGAGGACAACUUAAUCUCCAUCAUAGAAUUCACACUGGUGAGAAACCCUAUGAAUGUAAGGAAUGUGGGAAGACAUUUAGACAGUAUGCACACCUAACUCGGCAUCAAAGACUUAAUAUUGCUGAAAAGUGUUAUGAAUGUAAGGACUGUGGACAGGCUUUUCUGUGUAGUACAGGCCUUAGACUACAUCACAAACUUCAUACUGGUGAAAAACCCUAUCAAUGUAAAGAAUGUGGAAAAGCCUUUAGAGUUCGGCAACAACUUACUCUUCAUCAGAGAAUUCACACUGGUGAGAAGCCUUACGAUUGUAAGGAAUGUGGAAAAACCUUCAGUCGUGCCUAUCACCUAACUCUCCAUCAGAGAAUUCACACUGGUGAGAAGCCUUAUGAAUGUAAGGAAUGUCAGAAGUUCUUUCGUCGUUACUCAGAACUUAUUUCACACCAGGGCAUUCAUAUUGGAGAGAAACCCUAUGAUUGUAAGGAAUGUGGGAAGGCUUUCAGACUGUUUUCACAGCUUACUCAACACCAGAGUAUUCAUUUUGGUGAGAAACCUUAUAAAUGUAAGGACUGUGAGAAGACUUUUAGGUUGCUUUCUCAGCUUACUCAACAUCAGAGUAUUCAUACUGGUGAGAAACCCUAUGAUUGUAAGGAAUGUGGAAAGGCCUUUAGACUUCAUUCAUCACUUAUUCAGCAUCAGAGAAUUCAUUCUGGUGAGAAACCUUAUGAAUGUAAGGAAUGUAAGAAGGCCUUUAGACAACAUUCACACCUUACUUACCAUCAGCGAGUUCACAAUAUCAUGCUAAACUUAAGGAAAUUUGUUUUAGAAGUUCUUAGUGAAUGGGUUUUACACCAGUAUAAAUUAUAUGAUAUACUCUUAAGUUCACCACUACAAGCCUUCUCAGACACCUUACAUUCAAAAGACUCAACCUCCUGUGGCCCGAGACGCCGGAACCUCUGGGGGAGGAAUCACCGGAAUGAAGCGGGCGGGGUCCGCCCCACGCAGAGGCGGGAGGUGCGGCUCUCACGGCCCGACUCCCACCGGAGGCCCCAGAGCCGCGGCCCCGCGGGAUGCGGGGUCUUCCGGGACAGACGGGCGCGCAGGACACGCCCCCGGGGCGCCGAACCCGGCCACCCGGACGCUCCCGCUGGGUGCCAUGGCGCCCCACGAGACCCGGCGGUCAGGGCGGCUGGCCGGACUCGGGACUGGACGGGUUCUGCGAUGCAUGCCGAGCUCUUGUCCGAGCCUCCACUGGGCAGGGGCGGCUGGAUUCUUCCAAGGGCAAAGUCACAGACCGUUAUUUCAGUUGGAAGCGGCGGUUUGUACGGUGUGUUGGGGGAUGGGGGCGGGGGGAGACGUGGCUCCGUUGCUGUUACUCCGGGCCGGAAGUGUGAACUGCUCUCCGUCUGCAACUUGGGGCUGGUCAAUUUGGUUCCCGGAAGACGAGGUGGCGGAAGAGAGACCUCUGCCCACUUGCUAAAGUGUGUGGGUGGGUGUAGCGGCUGUCAGCUCGCUGAUGUUUCCAAGAAGAUUGGCUACUGGACUCCGGAGCCUUUGCUUCCCCUUACACCCCUCCCCGCCACACACAGUGUAAUAAAGGGUAUUGCACCAAAGGAGACACCUCUUAGCCGCCGGCAGCUUACUGGACUACACUUCCCAGAGGCCUCUAGGCGCAGUACUCGCUCGCGCGAGAACUUCCCUGGGGCUGAGCAGGGUCUUGUGGGGGGUCCAGAUAUACAUGGAAUAAGAUCAUCCUGCUGGGAGAUAAUUGAAAGACAUAUAAAAAACAGCAUUGAAUGUUCAAGUUUCAGAGGUGAUUGAGAAUAUAAAAGCCAGUUUGAGAGAAAAAAAGAAUCUCAGGAAGGACAUUUCAUUCAAAUGUUAUUUACACCUGAAGACAUGCCCACUUUCAGUACUCAGCAUCAGAGAAUUCACACUGAUGAGAAACUCUUUGAAUGUAAGGAAUGUGGGAAAGAUUUUAGUUUUGUAUCAGUCCUUAUUCGACAUCAGCGAAUUCAUACUGGUGAGAAACCUUUUGAGUGUAAAGAAUGUGGCAAGACUUUUGGUAGUGGUGCAAACCUUGCUUACCAUCAACGAAUUCAUACUGGUGAGAAACCUUAUGAAUGUAGUGAAUGUGGGAAAGCUUUUGGUAGUGGCUCAAAUCUUACCCACCACCAAAGAAUUCAUACUGGUGAGAAACCGUAUGAAUGUAAGGAAUGCGGGAAAGCCUUUAGUUUUGGAUCGGGACUUAUUCGUCAUCAGAUAAUUCACAGUGGUGAAAAACCUUAUGAGUGUAAGGAAUGUGGAAAGUCCUUUAGUUUUGAAUCAGCUCUUACUCGUCAUCACAGAAUUCACACAGGUGAGAAACCUUAUGAAUGUAAAGACUGUGGGAAGACCUUUGGCAGUGGCUCAAACCUUACACAGCACCAGAGGAUUCAUACUGGUGAGAAACCCUAUGAGUGUAAAGCCUGUGGAAUGGCCUUUAGUAGUGGUUCAGCCCUUACUCGGCAUCAGAGAAUCCAUACAGGUGAGAAACCUUACAUAUGUAAUGAAUGUGGGAAAGCUUUUAGUUUUGGAUCAGCCCUCACUCGACAUCAAAGAAUUCACACUGGUGUGAAACCAUAUAUAUGUAAGGAAUGUGGGAAGGCUUUUAACAGUGGAUCAGAUCUCACUCAGCAUCAACGGAUCCACACUGGUGAGAAGCCUUAUGAGUGUAAGGAAUGUGAAAAAGCCUUUAGAAGUGGUUCAAAACUUAUACAGCAUCAAAGAAUGCACACUGGUGAGAAACCGUAUGAGUGUAAGGAAUGUGGGAAAGCCUUUAGUAGUGGUUCAGACCUCACUCAGCAUCACAGAAUUCAUAAUGGAGAGAAGCCCUACGAAUGUAAAGACUGUGGGAAAGCUUUUAGUAGUGGCUCAAAACUUAUUCAACACCAGCUAAUUCACACUGGUGAAAAACCUUAUGAAUGUAAAGAAUGUGGGAAGUCUUUUGUUAGUGGUUCAGCCCUUAAUAGACAUCAGAGAAUACACACAGGAGAGAAACUUGGUAAAGGUAAGGAAUGUAGGAAGAGUUUUAAUAGUGGCUUGAGACUUACUCAACAUCAGAUAAUCCAUACUGGUGAGAAUAUUUAUAAAUCUAGGGAAUAUGGGAAGACUUUUGGGAAGGACUCAGAAUUUCAGCAACAUAAGUCAAAUUUGAUCAAAGAGCCUCCCUAUACUUGGCUCUCCUGCGUCCCGUCCAAUCCUCUGAGGCUUCCAGACUUCCAGGUUCUGUGCUGGCGCUACCUGCAGCGGGUCGUGGUCAGUGCUGAGACUCAGACAGCGCCUACAACUCCCAAACGCCCGCACUACAAGUCCCAGGAUACCCCGCGGCGCCCGUCCCGCAGCUGGGAGGUGACCAGAGAACAAAGGAAGAUCAGCUGUUGGACAACUGAAAGUGUUGUUAUUCCAGAUGUGAGAACCAAAGCCAUAAAACUCUUAGAAGAAAACAAAAUAAUUGUUCAGGGCAUACCUGAAAUUAAUACCGACGAGAAGAUCCAUUUUGAAUUUGAGCAAUACAUAUAUGUCAAGGGUCAUAUCUCUAAGUCAAUAUUGUUCAAGGAUGUGGCCAUAAACUUCUCUCGGGAAGAAUGGGAGAGCUUGGAUUUGGAACAGAAGAAUUUGUACAGAGAUGUGAUGUUAGAGAACUAUAGCAACCUAGUUUCACUAGGGUUUUCCAUAUCUAAACCUGGUAUUAUCUCUUCACUGAAGCAAGAUAAAGAUCCCUGGAAGGUGGUGCAGGUUAUAGCAAGAGGUCAGAGCCUAGACUUGGAUCCCAGGUAUAAGACAAAGAAGCUUAAUUCAAAUGAAGAAAUUUGUGAAACAGAAUUAUCCCAAUGGGAGACAACAGAACAACUUACAAACAGUAAGUGUAAACGUAUUCCCAAUGACAGGGAAAGCAAAGACAAGUUUGAAAGCCAGCUAGAAAUUAAAGAGAGACUUUCUAGGGAAACAGUAAUCACCAAUGAAGAAAGUUCUAAUACUAGCCAGACAACACUUCCUACAUUGCAAAAGAACAUUCAUUCUACUGAGAAAUCCAGUGAAUGUAAAACAUGCAGAAAGUAUUUUAGUGUUGGCUUUCAAGAGACUGAAAAUCAGAAAAAUCAUUCUGAUGAAAAAAUCUAUGAAUGUAAAGAGUGUGGAAAGUUGUUUAUUCAGGACACUCAGAAUGAUAAGGCUGUUAAGAAAUCUCAUGAAUGUAAGCACUGUGGAAAAAUAUAUACUUGUGCCUCACAACUUUCUACUCAUCGAAAAAUUCAUACUGCAGAGAAACCUUAUAAAUGUAAAGAGUGUGGGAAGACCUUUCUCCGUGGUUCUCAUCUUAAUCAGCACCAAAGAAUUCAUACUGGUGAAAGACCUUUUGAAUGUAAUGAAUGUGGGAAGUCUUUUUUUCGUGGCUCACAACUUACAUACCAUCAGAGAGUUCAUACUGCAGAGAAACCCUAUCAAUGUAAAGACUGUGGAAAGGCCUUUAUUCGUGGGUCACAACUUAAUGAGCACCAGAGAACUCAUACUGGUGAGAAACCCUACAAAUGUAAGAAAUGUGGUAAAGCCUUUACUUAUGGCUCACAGCUUACCCUACAUAACAGACUUCAUACUGGAGAAAAACCAUAUAAAUGUAAAGAUUGUGAUAAGUCCUUUAUUUGUGGCUCUCAACUUACUGAACAUCAGAGGGUUCAUACAGGUAUAAAACCACAUGAAUGUAAGCAGUGUGGACAAACCUUUAAUUAUGGCUCACAACUCAUGCGACAUCAGAGGAUUCACACAGGUGAGAAACCCUACGAAUGUGAAGAAUGUGGGAAAUCAUUUGUUCGUGGUUCACAGCUUACUGAACAUCAAAAAAUUCACACUGGUGAAAAACCCUUUGAAUGUAAGGAUUGUGGGAAAGCCUUUAUUCGUGGCUCACAUCUUACUCAGCAUAGGAGGGUCCAUACUGGUGAAAAGCCUUAUGAAUGUAAAGAUUGUGGGAAGGCCUUUAUUCAUGGUUCACAGUUAACUCAACACCAGAAAGUUCAUACAGGUCAGAAUCCAUAUGAAUGUAAGGACUGUGGAAAGGUCUUUCUUUGUGCCUCACAACUAACUCUACAUGAGCUUUUCCAUACUGAUAAGAAACCAUAUGAAUGUCUGGAAUGUGGUAAAAUUUUUAUUCGUGGAUCACAGUUAACUUACCAUCAGAGAGUGCAUACUGGUGAGAAGCCCUAUGUAUGUAAUGAGUGUGGGAAGACUUUUAUUCGUGGUUCACAUCUUACUCAGCAUCAGAGAAUUCAUACAGGUGAGAAACCAUACAAAUGUGACAAAUGUGAUAGGGCCUUUAAUCGCGGCUCACAACUUACUCAGCAUCAGAAAAUCCAUUCUGAUGAGAGGCCUUAUAAAUGUAAUGAAUGUGAUAAGCACUUUAUACGCCAGUCACACCUUAUUCAACAUGAGAAGUGUCAUAGUGGAGAAAAAAUAUGAAAAUACUAAUUUAGUAUAUCAUUUACCUGUCUGUCCAUAAGAAUUUUGGAAUAUCAGAAAAUUUCAGGUAUGAAUGUGGAAAAUGUUUAAGCUACUAAGUAAUUCACUAUCAGAAAAUUCACAAAGAAAAAAUAAUUAUUUAGAUUAAUUAAUAUUAAUGCAGAAUCACUUUCCAUCAUAUUUCAAUCUUUGUUACACAUUAGUGACUUCAUACUAGAGCAUAACAAUAACAUGGAAGUUUCUCUUAUUUAGCAUUAUCUGAGUGCCACUAUUUACUCUGUGGAUGUUUCUUUUGAAAAAUUACUGGUUAAGUUUGAUUUAUUUUCCUCAAUUAUAAAACAUUAACCUCAUCAUAGUGUUUAACAUAUUAAAGGAGUAACUAUAUAUAUAAUUUAAAUAAAAAUAUAAUUUAUAAUUUAUGCACAGUAAAUACUAGCUGCUGUAAACAUUAUUAUUGAGUAUUUUAACUGUAUACUAUUAAGAACUUAAAUAAAUGGAAGAUUUUGUGAAUGUACUACAUAAAGUAAAAUUUUAAUUAUUCUAAGCAAGCACCAGAUAAAUAAUUUUGCUUGUUGCAAAAUGUAAAAUUCACAAAACUUAUAAUAAAAUUAAAGUGAAUUUUAACCUUGUUACAAUAAUAAAAGGAACUUAUAGUUUAAGUUAUAAGGAUAAAUAAGUGGCUAUUAAAAUUAACCUGCUUAUGAACAUUUGUUGAUAGGUUUUCUGUGAACAUAAAUUCCAAUUUCCCUGGUAAAAUGC